CCCAGGUGCACCCUCUGUUUGUGCUCUGCCCCGUGUUUCUGCCCCCACAUGCAUCCCCUUUACCCCACAUGCACCCGCUGGAUGCCCUGUGCCUGCUCCCCACGCGCACCCUCUCACUUCCCCAUUCCCCUUCUUCCCCUAGGCACCAUGCGCCAGACUCCACAGGAAAACAUGCACUCCAGGACGAAGGCACCCCCGCACCAGCUCCCAAAUACUUAUAGAAUAUUUAAUACUGAUAUACCAGAAGUAAACAUGAGAAUAGAAAAGGUCAACGGUGAAUAUAUACCUAAAAAGAAUAAACAGUCUUUCCAGCACUCGUAUUUACCAGAAUGGCGCAAUAAUCCCCAACCAUGUUAUGCAAAAUUAAUUAACACCAAUGUAAGGUUCUUAAAUGAACCAAUAUACUAUAUGGAAACAGAAGGCACAGUGGCUAAAAAGCAUCAUUGGUGGCCAAGUGGGGAACCAUGUGUAUAUCAUUAUACUCCACCUUACGACAGACAGAGCACUCAAAGAAAUGAUUUCCAGAAGCCAACCUGUACAUUGUCUUCUCCAACUAAAUACAGCAGUAAACUACAGCCUUCCUGUGGAAUAGUUCCACUUGCAGUGCCUAGAACAUCAACAAGCCUUCCAAAAAUUUUACAGGAGCGGACCUCCUUUAUUCAUCAGUACAAUGCCAGAAAAUCUCCUAAUGAACCCAUCCGAGGAAAGCGACAUGGAGCUUUUGUGUGGACAGAGAUAAAACCAGUGAGUGGGCCAAUAGUUCCUCAGGGAACAGAAGUUUUCCUGAGUGCUAGAGGGUCAGGCUCACUAGAACAGCCGAAAACAGAGAAAGGAAACUCAGUGGAAAGCCAAAUGACCUCACCCAGUCUCUGCUUGCAGAAUUCCCAGGAGACAUUAGGCUGUGAAACUCACUUAUCAAAACCAGACCUCAGAGAAGCAGCCAAGGCAUACCCCAGAAUCCCUGUGAGAGCACAGAAGAGUUCAGACAUUUCUCAGGCAACUGAAGUGGAUGUUAUCUGUCCUGCUGGGGAAGAGUCUUUAUGUCCAGCAAUGAAAGUCCUCUAGAUAAAUCUCUGGAUAAGUUACCUCCCGCACUUAAAAACAUACCACCAUCAAUCACUAAAAUGAAGAGAGCCUAGAAUCACUGUGCAAGCUAAUGCAUUUUCUUGGUCUAAUAUCAAUAAUACUAAACACAAGCUAACAAUUCACUGGUGUCAGCGGGAACACAGUACUCCUUUGACAACACAACAGCUGCACUGUACUUUGAUGUUUGUAGAAAACUAUAUGCCUAUAAGAAUUAUGGGUUGGUUUUUUAAGGUGGAAUUGUUUUUCUUGUUAGGCUGAACACAAUCAGGUUGAUCAUAUAUAUUCUGUGUUAAGUCUGAGUUUGAGUUAAUUAACACUUUUAGGUGUGGAAGUGAUUAUGAUUCUUGAAAAUGUACUUUUUUUUCAAUAAUAGAAACACCAGUUACAAUAUUUGGUUUUAUUGCUGUUAUUUUAACAUAUAUAGUUGUGACAUGCAUUAUCUCUUUGGAUGCUGCAGUGCGGGGUAUGAUUUCACACACCAUAUGGUGUCAGCUUGUGAUAAAUGGAAACCAUUGUGCUUCCAUAGGAAACAAUGGCAGUCAAGAGAGAAAAUUUGCUAUAGCCCACAGGAAUGCAAAAAUAUUGUGUAUUGCCACUCUAAACAGUUAACAAGGACAAUUUUGGAGUAAACCCUUUUUCGUUUUGGGAGCAAGGAGGACAGGCAUUUUCUUACAGACUUGUGCUGCUGUUCUUGUCUGAGUGUGUCACACGUCAAAAAUGCAAAAGAGAUCUGAAUUACUGUACGCUUUCCCCCAAUACUAGAGAAAAUCCAUUAAUCCAGAGACUGAUGGGUAAACUUUUACUGAUUGGACUAUUUCCCUAUUUGUUUUCAUGCUGCGUCGUCUUAUGAUUCCCAAUAAGAUUUUCCCAGUUACACUCUUAGGGAAACACAGAAAGUUUAGGCUUGAGUUAUAACUUACAGUUAUUCAUCAAACAGUGAAGCAAGUUAUUACCUGUAGUUCUUAAACAGCUCCUUUUGUAUACCAGAGAGGUUAACGUAUGCAUUUUACUUCAGUGAGAGCAAUAAAAGUUUAAUUUCCAGCUUUCUGCUCUGAGAAGAUAGUAUAACAAUGUUAUAUGUUCUAUAUUCACAAAGGAUAACAGCAAAAAAAACCUGGGGAAAUAUUCUUUGGAACUUAUUUUGAAUCAGUAUUUACCAAGGAUUGGGCAGAUCCCAUAUAUUAUAGCUAAAAGUUAAAAUGAACUAUAUAUAUAGUGCUGAUUAGUUGUUUUUGUUUGAGCUGACACUUUAGGGACCAAAUUUGAUCUUCAGAUGUGCAUACACAACUUCCGCUUGUGUUAGUGGCAGCUGUAUACCACAUCAGAGGCAGAGUCUGGCUCUUUUAAUGUACAUACUAGUUGUAGUAGUUACAUGUAAUUCAGAACCUACAAUCAUUACUAUAUUAAUAACAUACUGACAUUUGUGGACAUAGGUGUUGGUCACCACUGAAUCAUAAUAUAAUUAUAUUAUAAUUUUGUUUGUCUUCUAUUCAUUACAUCUUUUGAUUUGCUUAUAUGAUGAACUGUCCAUUUGUAGUGAAGUGACAAACAAAGUGUGGAUGUAGGAAAUUAGUUAGUUAGAAAUGAACAAAUGGGGUAAAACUGAAACAUUUUCUAAAAAUGCUAAUACAAAAGGGUCAGCUGCUGGACUGCAAUACAGCUCAGUUUUUAGCUAUAAAGGAAGCAUGCCCAGCACCAGAAGGAUCACCCCAGUAUAAGACAUAUGUUCGGGUAGAGUGCAGCCAGCAUUGAAACUCCUUAAAUCAUUUCCCUUCUUGUUACUGACAUAGGGAAUGGGGCUAGAGCAGAAAAAAUCAUGGCCAGAAUACCCCUACACUGCAUUACUUUUGGCUGCUAUUUCAACCUCUUCAGGCCACUAGUAAGCAAUGCAGAUUAGAGCCAGCAGGUAGCUGGUUAAACAAUCAGAGCUACUUUGUGAAGUGUUUUGAGAUCUAUUGACAAAAAACAUUAUGUAAGUUAGGUAUUUAUUUAUUUAUUAAUUAUUAUUUUGGGGGAAAAGACUUUGCAUACCUGACACAGAAAGCUCUAACCAAUGCUCAGGCUUCUUCUGGACAGCAGACAGUUUUUCACAUGAAGCAACAGAAGUCUGGCAUCAUUAAAUUAGAUAUUUUCAUAAAACAAAGGAAUUUUCAAAACAAGAACUUUGUUACUUUACAGCUAAAUUUACUAAGGGCCAUUUGAAAGGUGCUGUUAAGAAACAAAACACAAACAAUAAAAACAAUGGAAAAACAUAACAAUGAUUAAAUAAAUUCUGGCACUAACCUAACCUCCAAAUCACACAUGCAUAUGUGAGUAUGCAGCUACACCAUUAAACAGAAAACUCUUAGUGACCAGUACCCAAACCAGCUUAUUUUUGCCACUUCACAAGCCCCUGUACUUUAAAGCUUGAACACCUUA